UAUGUAACCCACUUAUAUUGCCUGAAGGUGAUGGUUAUUGUAUAUAAGGAUCGCGCAGACGGCAACUGCGCAUCAGACACGUUGGACUGCUCAGCCAUGACGUUUCCUGUGUUUUUCAUCACAAUCUUGGUUCUAGGAACUUUCAGCACAGUGUUCUCGGCAACAAUUUCACGCGCAGUAUCAGAUGGAUCAGACUAUAUAGCAGAUAUUAAACUUGGCAAAAACGUGCAAUGUCAGGGAGUUCAAGUCAGUAAAGAAAUUGUCCUUACACUGGAAGGCUGUGUUAACACAAAGUCAUUGAAAAAAUACAAAGUUAGUGUGAGUGGCGAAACUAGGACUAUUUCGUCCGUUCAAACAAGUGAUGACGGUUCGUUAAUAUUACUGACGACAAAAGUAAAGAAAGAAGAGAAAACCGAAUUUCCAGGAAUAGCUGGCAGUAGUAAAGGUUACAACCGGGUGGCUUAUAUAGCAGGGAAGAAAGGAUUUACUGACAUUUCCUUCGAGGUCGAUAAAGCAAAGAAAUGUAACAAACCUUUAGACGGCUUCGAUGCUAAGUCUCAAGAAUGUCUCACAUCUGAAGCUGAGUGCACGUAUUCAAAUGGACUUCCGAUCUUUGGUACUUCCGGAAAAAAAGAUAUUGUUAUAUCCGGAUUCGCACUAGAUGGUGGUCUUUGUAGUGUAACGUAUAAAGCUGCAGUAAGCGUUGUUUCUUCAAAAUCAUGGAUUGAGGAAAACACAAAAGAAGACGUUGAUUGCGGAAAGAAGUUACCCAAAAUUAACGAUGGCUCUUAUAAACUUGACAAUAAAAAAGACAGCUCUGCUGGAGCCACAGCAUCAGUCACUUGUGACAAGGGAUUUAAAGCAAGCAAAGAAACAAUAGAAUGCCAAGACUCAGGCGAUUGGGAAGAGGCGACUUGUAAAAAAAUUGAUUGCGGAAAGAAGUUACCCAAAAUUGACGAUGGCUCUUAUAAACUUGACAACAAAAAAGACACAUCUGCUGGAGCCACAGCAUCAGUCAAUUGUGACAAGGGAUUUAAAGCAAGCAAAGACAAAAUAGAAUGUCAAGACUCAGGCGAUUGGGAAGAGGCGACUUGUGGUUCACUUGAUUGCGGAAAGAAGUUACCCAAAAUUGACGAUGGCUCUUAUAAACUUGACAACAAAAAAGACAGCUCUGUUGGAGCCACAGCAUCAGUCAAUUGUGACAAGGGAUUUAAAGCAAGCAAAGACAAAAUAGAAUGUCAAGACUCAGGCGAUUGGGAUAAGGCGACAUGCGAAGGAAUUGAUUGUGGAUCGAAACUACCAAAGAUUAAAGAUGGAUCCUAUAAACUUGACAACAAGAAAGAUACCUCUUCCGGAGCCACAGCAUCUUUAACUUGCGACAAAGGAUUCGAAGAAAGUAAAAAAAAAAUUGAAUGCCAAGAGUCAGGCGAUUGGGAAGAGGCAGAAUGCAAAGCUAUAGAUUGUGGAAAAAAAUUGCCAAAGGUUAAAGACGGUUCUAUUGCUCUUGACAAUGAAAAGAAAACAACGUUUGGUUCAACGGCAACCUUGACAUGCGACAAAGGUUAUAAAACAGAAAGUGAGAAAAUAACAUGUGAGGCAUCUGGUGACUGGCUCUCAGCCAGUUGUGAUAUCGUAGACUGUGGAUCUGUACCGAAGAUAAAAGAUGGGGCUUAUAAGCUUGAUAAAAAAGGUAAAUCGACAUAUGAAUCAACAGCAACUUUGACAUGCGAAGAAGAUUUUUACGCAAAGAACAACGAUGUUACAAUAACAUGUGAGGCCUCUGAGGACUGGAGCAAGAUUGGAAAAUGUGAAGAAGUCAAAGACUGCGGUAAACUUAAAUCUUUGGAUAACGGAGAAUAUGAGCUUAAAGGCAAGAAGACAAAGGCUGGUGCAAAAGCAAAAGUUACAUGUGAUAAUGGAUACGAUCCAGAUGUUGAGGAAAUUGAAUGUUUAGUAACAGGCAAAUGGGAAAAGGCAACGUGUAUAAUCAGAGAUUGUGAAGGAUUGGAUAAAGUACCAAAAGGAUCUUUAAAACUUGAUAAGAAUAAAGCGACAACUGUUGGGGAAACAGCCACUUUAACAUGUGAUGCCGGAUAUGAGCCUAAAAAAGGAAAAUCGACAAUAACAUGUCUUCCCUCAGGUGACUGGGAGAAAGCCUCUUGUGUGAUUAAAGAUUGUGGAAGCCCCGAUAAAUUAGACAACGGAUCUUACAAAGUGAGUAGUACGACUUUUGGAUCAUCAGCAGUAGUUAAAUGUGACGCUGGAUAUGAAGGAAACAAAAAGGAUAUUGAUUGCUUAGCAUCAGGGAAAUGGGAAAAAGCGAAAUGCAACAUCAAAGACUGUGGGUCCGUUGGCAAUUUGACAAAUGGGGUAUACAUUCUUACCGAUGGAAAUACUGUUUAUGGAUCGACUGCUAAUGUUUCAUGUAGUUAUGGUUAUGGUUCAUCCGACGCAACUAUUUCAUGUUUGUCGACAGGAUCAUGGGGCUCUGCCACAUGCCAAAGAGAUUGCGGAGACAUACUGCCAGUAAUAGAUUUUGGGAGCGCUACACUUAUAAGCGGCACUUUACUAGGAGACAAUGCAACAGUAACCUGCAAUGAAGGUUACGAUGAAAGUGUUGCUGUUAUUUCCUGUCUAGCUUCAGGAGCCUGGGAAACAGCAACAUGCACUAUCCAUGACUGUGGGCCUCCAUCGUUUGCCAAUAUGACAGUGGUACUAGUUAACUCUAACACAACCACUACUUAUGGAGAAACAGCAACCGUUACAUGUCCUGGAGCGCUUGUCCCUGCAAUGGGAAGUACAAUAACCUGCCUUGGUGAUGGAUGGGAAACACCCUCGUGUGUUGAAGAUCCUUGUUCCGCUGGUUGGACACUGUACGAUUCUCACUGCUACUACUACGAAGCGUUUUCAUCUUUAGGCUGGAAUGCAGCUUCGACUGACUGCUCUGAUGAAGGUGGCUAUUUAGCAGAGAUUACAAGCGAAGGAGAGUUAAACUUCCUGAAAAAUCUAAGGGAAAGCUCAAUGAGUGCAUGGAUUGGACUAUCUGACGUAAACGGAACAAAUACAUAUAAAUGGGCAGACUUGAACCAGGCCCCAACCUACACUAACUGGGCUACGGACGAACCACUGUCAUCUGGAAAGUGUGUUUUGAUGAACCCUGUAGGCCUUUGGCAAACACAAGACUGCUCAAAAGCAAGAAAUUACUUUUGUGAAAAGGCUUAAAAGAUUUGAUUUUUACGACGACCCCGCUAAUACCUGUACCGGACAAUCCAUGAGUCAACACAUCAAAACCACAAACCCAUUAAAUAUCUAACCAGAACACAUGAAUGGCGACAACAACAACAACAUUAUCUCUGUUUCUUCUGAAACUGUAUUUCUUCACUAAUUCUUAAUCUUCUUUAAUCAUGAUAAGAGUGAGUAAAUGUAAAUCUUGAACUUGAUUAUUUAUCUCAGUUAUUAUUGUUUAAUUGGAAAAUAUGAAUAAAUUUACAGAGCAUUA